AUGGAAUGGGCAAGUAUGGAAAAUGAAUAUGUUCACAGUUCUAAGUAUGUCCAAGAGAAUACAGUUAUACCACUCUUGAUUGACAAUGAUGAAGAAGAAAAUCAGAACAAGUACAACACUUUAACUGAUGAUUUGCCACUAAAGUACGUUGAUGGGAUGGAGGAUAGAACAAUGAUAAACUGUGCACAAGAUAACCAAGAAGAGUGUGAUCCUGAAAACCUAAUAUGGAACCAAGAUUCCCCGCAUCAAGAGGAAGGGCAUAAAAAUGAAGAUUAUGAAGAGCCUGUUAUAGUUGCUUCUACUGAAGAUGAUGUGUACAUAGUAUUUCACACUUCCAUUAAACAUAGAGCUUCUACUGCACAUCAUCCUAAAGUUCCAGAACCAUCUUUAACCUCUGGACAUCAAAGUACUGCAUCCUAUUUUGAUCCAGGUAACCAAGAAACUGAUAACCCAGAAAGCGAUAACGAAAACAUAUCAUGGGAUGAACAGGCAAAGUGUCCAAAGGAAGAAAAUGAAAAUUAUGAUGAUCCACCUUUACUUGCUGUGACCCAUGAUGAUAUGUAUAUAGAGUUUCAAAGUAAACAUAUACCAGUACAACAACCUCCUUGUCCUGCUUAUUACUCCCCAGAACCAGAACCAUCACCAUCAUACAAUUUUGAACUAGGAAGAACAAUCUCUGACAUUGGCCAAGCUGCAGGGGAAGAUGCCAAUUAUGAAAAUAUAUAUUGGGAUGACGGCACUGAUGAAUGUACUUACAGUGGAGAAGAAGACCCUUAUAGCUUAGCUUACAGUGAUGACAGUAUGUACAUGGAGUUUCCUUUGGAAACAGACGACCCAAAAACCAAAAGAGGCACAAACUCCUUCAUCGUCCAUCGAGCUCCAGCCCCUGCUCCUCGACCAGGAGGAUCAGCUACAGUAAAACAUGGUUCCUACAUCUCUCAAGUGUUCCAGCAACAAGAGAGAAAGGUGUAUGGCAUAGUAGAACAUUCAGCGCCGAUUGCCAGUGAUGAAAGUCAAGGUUCCCUUCAACAGUAUGUACCUGCUGGUCAAGAUGAGCUCAUAUUGCUCCAAGAAAAGGUAAAGCAGGGCAUUAUCACCAUGGACGAAGCACUUCAGAAGUUUCACCAAUGGCAAAAUGAAAAGAGUGGCUUAGACCUCCUUCAGCAGAAGAAGCUACAGCAGCUGCGUGACAGUAUUAUUGGUGAUAAACUUGAAGAUGAAAAACUUUAUGACAAAAUUACUAUUGUUCAUCAGCCAAACGUGCGGCCACCACCACAAAGGACUCGCCUUGCAGCAUUUGACAAUAGUAUAUACCAAAGACCAUUGAAACCUGAGGCAAGUAAUAUUUACUGUCUGUUUUAUAUUGUUCUAUUGUUGUCCUGUAUUAUAAGUACUUUUAGGAGCUGUUGUAUGUAA